UCUCUCUCUCUCUCUCUCUCUCUCUCUCUCUCUCUCUCUCUCUCCUACCACAAACAUAUGAAAAAAGAGAGAAUAGGAGUACCUGCAAGAUCUACGAGUGGCAGAGGAGAAUGGGUUCUGUGGGAAACUCAAAUCAAUGGCAGCCAUAUGCUUACAGGGACUGUUCUUUAGAGAUUUGCAGCAUAUAUUGCCCCCAGUGGUGUUACAUCAUCUUCCCACCACCUCCACCUUUUGGCUAUGGAACCAAUAGCGAUUCCGGCACUGAUUUCUCCCCUCUUAUCAUAGCCAUCAUUGGAAUCUUGGCCAGCGCCUUCAUUUUGGUAAGCUACUACACCAUCAUCUCCAAGUACUGCAGGAACAGAGCUGCCACUUCCAACUCCAACAUGGAAAUGGAUGAUGAAGAAAAUCUUUCUCAAAUCCGCCAUGAAAACCAGCUCCAAGCUCCUCUUCCUCCGGCAGGCCUGGAUGAGGCUCUCAUCAAGUCCAUCACAGUCUGCAAGUACAAAAGAGGAGAUGGGUUAGUUGAAGGCACAGAUUGCUCAGUUUGUUUGAGUGAGUUUGAAGAAAAUGAGAGCUUAAGGCUUCUGCCAAAGUGCAGCCAUGCCUUUCAUCUUCCUUGUAUUGAUACGUGGCUCAAAUCUCACUCAACUUGCCCUCUCUGCCGCUCCAACAUCUCACCCAUCAAUCUUUUCCCACCCCCAACUCAGGAAAUUCAAAGAACAGAACAUUUAAAUUCAUAUAAUUUUCAGUAUCAACACAGAAGCAAUGACACAGUAGUUGUUGUGGUGGUUCAAGAUUUGCCGGAUUUACCAGUCAGCAGCCAAGAAACUGCCGUUUUGGGGCUUGAAAAUGAUGGUGUUUCUUCCAAGAAUCAAAGGCAAAGUUUUGUAUCAGAUAAUCAAGAUUCAGAGCCAAGAAACAUCAUGAUUCAUCAAGUAAGACAAGAUGAUGCUGUUCAGCCAUUUAGAAGGUCAGUUUCCUUGAAUUCUUUAUCAUGGCAAGGACAGGUUUCUGUUGCUGAUAUACUGAGAGCCAGUCAAGAUAGCGAGGAAGAGGUAGAAGAAGAUGAAUUACAAAUGGGGAUUGGAUCUUCUAAAGCAUUUGUUCAAGAGGAUUGCCAUUCCAGAGUUUCCAACUUGGAAAUGCAUAGAUCUAUCUCAACUGGGAAGCUGGGUUUUACAAAUUAUGGGAAUUGGAAAGGGAAGAGUUGCAUCAUUCCCGGUUGAAAGUAGAUUUACAAACUGUACAAAAUUUGAAAAAAGAAAUUCUUAUUUUUGUAAUAUAUUGGUGAAAUCACAGAAGAAUCCCAGAUUUAUACCAGAUUAACAAACAAAAUGAACUAAAUUUGAACAUACAUUUCGCAAUUUACAAGCCUCUUCAAAGAGGUUACUCAUGGAUCAUAUUCUGUAAAAGCUUUAGUAAAGAAUUCCUCUUUUCUUUUCUGUUCU